UGGGGGUUCACCUGUGACGACGCCGCUUCUUAUCAGUCUUCUUCAACGCGACGCGGGACCAGCACACGCGACGCCCCGCGUUCCUCGCGAACGUAAACCUCCGGUCCAACGUCUGUCUUCUUUUUCUCGCACGCACACCACGCCGCGGAAUACGAGACAACAGAGGAGAACCGCUUAGCUCGAAGUACGUACAAUUCAUGCGGCCGUCCGUUCAGCUGUAUCCUCGCGAGCAUCCGUGAUCCGUAGGCCCGCGAGGAUCGCGCCGAGUGCAUCGAAUCGGCCACCGCCAGGAGCGAGUACCGAGGAGGAGAAGAAGAAGAAGAGGACCGGAGGAGUCGGUCGGGUCUGGUCGUAUCUCGCGUGUGCGCGCCGCGGGUAUUGUGUGUCGGACUGUUCGUUCACUCGGUACGGUAUAUACCGUAAAUGCACGCUCCUCUAACGCUACCAACUUCGACCCAGUUUAUUCCACGCCCGAGUCGAACGUACGAACUUUUCGACCGUUUCCAUCGGUUGUAACGAGAUCGGCCGAAUCGUACGCGAGUGUUUCUCAUUGUUCUCACAGUUUCGAUUCAGUUUCAUCUACCGCGCGUUUAUCGGCGAACGAUUCAUUUUCGGUGACAUGGAUUUUACCCGCAUCACCCUCGAAGAUCGUCCCCAAGGGAUUUAUUAGUCGGCGCUGCCCUGUUGCCGUUCCCGGUGGUCGACCGAAAAACGCUACGAAAUUACAAAGACGACCCUGAGGCGGAAGAUCCCAUGUCGUAAAUAUGGGAGACUCGACAGCUCCCGAAGUUGAAGGAAAUUCGACAAUCGAAGCAGAUGAACGCAAGGAAGCCAUUGAUCAGUGCGAGGAGAUCGUACCGCCGUUUCGUGACGUUAGGAUCGUAUCGUUGGAGGACAAGAUAACCGUUGAGAAAAUUGUCUUGGAGGGUUACGGUUCCAGCGAAGUUUUGCUGACGAGAACUGAAACUUCUCGAAAAAUUUCUAGCAGCCCUGAACGCAAGAAUGAAUUACAGGCGACCGGAACGAAGCUGAUUUCGAAAAAGUCCGAAGAAAGGACGAUUCAAAAGUCGGAGAAGUCGAAGACCACUUCGAAAACGUCGGAUCUCAACGGUCUUGCUGGUUCCAAAACUAAGUUGAAUCAAGUGCUGAAAAGUUCUCAAUUACCCGUGUUGAAGGCGAAAAAGAGCGGUAGCGUAUCCUCGCUGAUAGAGAAACGAAUCAGUCCGGUCAAGUUGACCAAAAGUUCAUCCAUUACUAGCAUCAACAAAGAAAUUAAGAGCGCUAGGCCUUCCAGCUCAGUAAAACCUUCGAAAAUCCCGCCCAAAGUUCCAGCGAAACCAAAGGUGAAGAAGCAAGAAUUCUCCGUAUCCUCCAAAGCUUCUUUGAGGUGCACUUCAGCCCCUACUUCGCCAGCUGUAAAAAUUACCCCUCAAAUUAAAAAUCAUCCCAACGGUUCCAUCGUAAAGGAGAAAGCUAGGAAUGUGGAUACUUUGAUCUCGGUUCCAUUCGCUUUUAGAGACAGUGACAAUCCUUCUGUCUCUAAGAAAUCAGAAGUUCAGAAACCCUUUAAAUUGCGAGCCACUUCGAGCUUGGAAUCCAAUCAUUCGGCAAUAACUGACCCGAUCAGCGAGGGUGAUAAGGUCGAAACGUCAGAUGCGAGGGCAGCGAAUUCCGCGGCCCAAACACACCUCCAGAAAAGCCAGUCGAAAAUUGAGGAACUGCAGCGAGGUUUGCAAACAAAGAUAAAUGCAGCAACUGUUGAAAGUUACAAACAAAGACUUGCGGAAUCGCAGUCUGCCGGGUUAAAAGGGCGGCUGGUAAAGAGCUUGGAUUUGAAUGAGAAUGUGACGAGAGAAAAGUUCGAUAAGGAAUUUUUGAAGAAGCACAAUUUUGAUAAGCAACUGAAAAUCGAAGAAAAAAGAGUCUUGGAGACUGAUAUAGAUUACGUAUCGGAUAGCGAAAAAACUGAGACAACGUCACACGAUCCUAAGAAAAUCGACGUUGUGAUCGAAAAGCGAAAAUACAGUAAGUCAGUUUCGGAAAUUGAGAAAAGAUGGUCGGGUGAGUUUCUGGAGGGUCAUCUUGACCAGAAUUCAUCAGAAUCGUCGAAAUCUUCAUACGUUGAGGAGCUCGGAAGCAUAUCCUCCCACGAAGACGUGGCUAUCGAUAAUAACGCGUUGUUUAUUGAGGAAAUACGCAAAAGAUCAGAGGAACUUCCUUCGGGACGUAGCAAGUUGUCGGUGAAAUCCAAUCCUGAGGAGAUACUUCACGACACGGUCAGCACCGUGGGAUCCAAUUUUUGCAUCGAGGAAAGAAUCAAAGAUGUUGAUGCCGAGGUUGAAGUGCUGAUCACAAAUAACGAAGAGUCUAAUGAAUCGAAAGAGAGCACAUUGAAAGAAUCCUCGUCUUCGACCGUAACGAUUGAGCAUCAUUCUAGUCCGACAAGAGAUUCCGAUAACAAAGAUUCUGAGAACCUGACUGAAAACGCGAGCAAAGGUCAAAUUUUAGAGCAUUCGAACCAUUCCGAAAACAUCAAUAACAAUCAAAGUCUCACUUAUUCCGACGAUGUGGACAACAACAAUGUCGAAACGAAAUUAAACCCCCAAGUAAACGAGAUUCUCGAUGCCGUAGUUACGGACGACGUGGAGAUCCGUGUGCAAUCCGUGAAAGUCCCCGAGGAUUCUGCAAGCCCCGGUCAUCCACCCUCCGUCAAAGACGGUUACGCGGACCUGAUAAAGGCAUUCACGAUGGAGGCGGGACCGUCGAAGGUUCCGAAGGAGGAGAAGAAACGCAAAGGAUUCCGUCGGCUGCUUCCUGGGCUAUUCUCUCCCAAGGAUUCACGCAAGGAUUACAAAAAAGAGCAAAAAGAACGCAAGAAACGCGAGGAGAAACAGUUUGGGCAGUACCAGCAAAAUGGUAACUACACGAGGUCCCCGGAUACCAUGAACCUCAAUGAAGAUAUUAAACGAAACGUCAAAUUGAAUCCCAGUCUCAACAGCUCGAUAAUAGAAGAACGAUUGAACGAGAUCAAGCAAGAAUUGUUCCCUGAUCAAGGACUGACCACUAGCACUCCGGAUCAUUUUCUCCAGGAGGAGAGGACUGGCUUACGACCGAGUAGCAGAAGCCAACGUUUUUACACUGGAAAUUCAUCUCUGAGUUCGAUUGCGCCGGAUGAUAAAUGGGUAGAUCAUAACAUUAUCAGUGGAUCUCCGAACAUACGGAAAUUUAAGCAACGGAAGUCCGAAGCUGACCAGAAGUACAGCCUGGAGAGGAAGCACAGUCUUCAGGAGCCAGUGAGUCAGGGAAGAUUCUUUAGAAAUCAUGGACCUUCCGGAAGAACGUCAGCACCCCCUGGCGAACGAUUUCUCAUCAGACCGAGAGCCGUCCACCCUGUGGACAGGCCAUUGCCCGCGAUACCGCAGAAGGUAGAGUUUUCGAACUACGAAAACAACCGGGAGGCGCUAAAAUAUACGGGGCAAAAUCCAGACGCUUCGAAAUACCCACAGGCAACUUACCCCCGACAAGCUCAGGACUACCAGGAAAAUAGUGGGCAAAUAUACGAAGAUAGAAACAACCUAGAAAACUUUGAGCAGACCAGAAAUCACAGCAUUGAUUCCGGUUUCAAUCUUACGCCUGUAUCUGCACAGGUAAAAAUCACCCGUCAGCCCGUUAUCAACCAAAAUCAAAAGGCUCCACUGAUCGGUCGUUCGCCUAAAUAUUCGCCCAGUUCAAGUCAGAAGUCUGGAGAUUACGCAGAUUCGAAUUACACGCCGAAUUCAAGCCAGAAAAGCGAGUUCUCCCCCAGCAGCUCGAAAAGCGGUGAAUACUACUUGAACUCUCCGUGGACCAGCGUUCAGACCUCGCCGAAUGACAGUUUGACAGAUAAGCGGGAACAAAUAUACGAGAACAAUCGACAGUCUCCUAAAACACCGUAUCCUAUUUCGCCAAACGUUAAAGUCCAGGGUGGGGAUGAUCCUUUAUACGGAGUGACGCCGAGGUCAUCGGAGAGAGCCAUGUCACCCGUAAUUUACAACGACCCGCCUAUCACUCCUAGAAAAUUAAAAUCUGGCCCUUUGACCGUCCUUCCGUUACACGCGUCCCAUGACACUCCCGAACCUGUCUACGUACAGAGGAACCCAUCGCGCGAUCCACAGUCAGCGAAUAUUGAACUGCGAGAGAAGUUAAAUGAAAAUUCGCUGCAGAGUCUGAACUCGGCAAUGGAGGAUCGACCAAAUUCACCACCGCGAGUUUAUCUAGAUGGGAGUCUGAGCCUGGGAUCCUCCGUUGGUCCUGAAAGGCGUUUGGAUUUUGAUGCGCGUCAAAAUUCUCCGGCUCGGAGUACCGACAACUCACCCGGAAAUAGGGUCCGGGCUCUCUCUCCCGAUAACAGAAGCCAUUCCUCAAUCUCACCACAAACCACGACACAUGUCCGAAGAUCGCAAAGACCUCCGGUGUCUUCCGUACAGAGAAUCGCUUCGCCGCUGACCGUUCUACCUUUGGAAAAUUCUAGUCCCAUUGUUUCCUCAACUCCUCCUGUAAUCAGAGCGAGAAAUUCGGUGUCUCCGCUCGCUAGGCCCAUGUCCCCCGGCGAAGGAACGCCCGUCAGGGUCCCAGAACAAUUCAGAACCCCGAUGACUUCUCCGAAAAUGAACGACGCUCGGCAAAGAACUCCGGUAAGCGGACCCUACGUUCCCAUGUCUUCGAGACGGUCUUGUCAACCCAGCGAACAGAUUCUUAUUGCCUCCCCUAAGAGAGACGAACCGCAACUUCGUCGUCCCACCAAUACCAGGCUGACUGACUAUCCCGCGUCUCCCGUUCCCAUGACAGACUCCCCAAACAUAGUGAUCCAAGCCCCCGUCACAACUGAUGCCAAUUUCGGUAAUAGAACUCUCUCACCGCGACCAACUCCGAAUGAUAAACAAGCCAGAGGCACGGACGGACAGUCGACAGUCGGCAUUCAGAGACCUGAACCUAUUUACGGUCAAAGGACUAUAUCACCCCUGCACAGAAAUCAAGAUCAAGUUUACGAGCGAAGAGCUAUCUCCCCUCCCAGGAACCCGGAUGUUUAUGGCAAUCCAGGUGUUUGCGGUUCCACGUCUCCCUCGCGAACCUCCAGACAGGAGGAGCGAUCGGAGCAAAGUGCAGCUCCGAGAAAGCAGCAAGCGGAGUAUUCGUCCAGGUCGGACGUCAGUCUGUCCGAAAGUCAGCAAUCCAUCUACUCCGCGAAACAGCCAGCGCACUCCGAACAAAUCUAUUCUCAGGGUCCAAGUCGACAGCCCUCUCCGACCAAAAGGCAAACCAUGCAGCAUCUCGAGGCGUUUUACUGGCAGCAAAAAGCCCUCGAAAUGCAAAGAAAGACGAACGCGUCGCCGUCAAAUUCCAGUGCACGGAACAGCGAGCCGAGAAUCGAUCACCCGGAGAUACGAGAGGCGAUGUAUUGGCAGCAGCUUAAAAAACUGGACGAGGAACAGCAGAGAAGAAUUUAUCAGGAGAAUGUAGUGCGCGACGAAAGAAGCGAUCCCUUAUACUGGCGAAGAAAACUCCAGAGCCCACCAAGGUCUCCCGCGACCGUUGGACCCACAUCGAGACACGGCUCUAGUCCGAAUCUCCAGAAUCAGAGCGCACAGACGUCGCCGGGUGACCAAAAUACAGAGAAUUUCUACUGGCGGAGUAAAUUACAACAGCCGAAAGUACCGGUGACAAACAAGCCGCCUAUAAUGGGUCAAAAGGGCCAGAACCAGCCUGUUCUAGUGGUGAGACCGCAGCCCGUUUAUCAGGAGAAGGAGUUUGACAAUCGGGAGAUUCACGCUACCCACAGGAGCGACCCGAAACGCCAUCCGCCUCCUAGGUCGAAAAGCGCAUCCCCGUUAUUCGCUCGAGGCGAGGAACGCCGAAGUUUGAGCCUCCCAAGGAAAUCUGAAGGGGAAUCGGACGACGGUGGCUUUCUGAGAGGUGUUCGCGAGAGGAGCAGCGUCGCGGCUCUACGUAAGGCGAGCACCCCUCCGAUCUACGAGGAAAAUCAUCAAGACAGUGACAAAAAACCACCGCCAAUAUUCAAGAGGGGGAGCUUGAUCAGCAAUUCCAGUAAUUCUGUUGAUUACGGAACCGGACAAAAGAGAGUCAGCUUCUCUAACCAAAUAAACAACGCUGACGUAGGUAAUGGUAUUUGGCCGACUAAACACGGUAUGGCACCCGAACCUCCGACCAGACAACGCCGCGUCGACAGAGUGUCUACCAACUCUGAAAGCGAUUCAGUUUUUCUGCACGAUGAGGAGAAUCAGAACAAUUCGAACGCGAACGUUUACGGCAAUGUCGUCGCUCGAUCGGUUUCGCAGACCAGAGAAACAACCUCUCCUACCGUAACACCAGCUUUUGGCGGUUACACCGGUGAACAAUACGAUGCUGACAGACCACUACCACCACCGCCUAGGGAGCCGCUCAGAUUUCUGAGACGAAGCAACAGCGUCAGAGAUCAGAGCAAAGAAAGUACAAAGGUGGAUGGGGACCAGAAUACUCGUGGAAAAUAUUCGAACAGUAAUCCAAGGCGGUGGCCACCUGCGCUAAGCGAAAGCGAGAGCGGAAGUGAGGCCGGGGAAAUUCAGAGGAUCCUCAGAAAGCGAAAUGAGGAAGAGUGGAAUCCCGAUGGGAAAGGGAGGCAAUCAAACGAGACCGGUGGCACCGGAAGGGGUGAAGGUGAAGGUGGCACCGGUGACCUUCCCGGUGGGGGAGGAAGGCGCAUCGGCGUCGCGGGGACCGGUGGAGGUGGUGGUCGUUCCCGGGACGAGCCACGUCGACAUACUCUCAGCGGGGACCAUCAACCGUCCCUCCAUCAUCAGCAGUUCAACUCUCAACUGCAUCCGCUCCAUCCUCAUCAUCUGCCUCCUCCACACGGACAGUACGGAGCGACUUCUAAUCGACACGCAACCACCAUGGACCUAGAGAUGGGGACCAAGUCAAGAAGGGGAAAGACCACGCUCCCCCGUGGAUACCCACCCCCCUCGUCAGCUAUGCUGUUUGACGAUGAUCCGGGGAUAAUGUCCGAGGUUGAAACAUCCAGCACAGGAUUCCGUCGUGGUGGAAAACAACGAAGCAGUCUUCCCGUCGUCAGAACACCCAGCAAGACGCUCGAGCGUCCACUAGGCGCAUCCCUAGGACUGGUGUUCCUGCAGUACAGGAACGAAACGAAGCGGGCUCUACUACCGAACGAAAUAACGAGCAUAGACACAGUGAAAGCGCUAUUUGUAAGGAGUUUCCCGAAGCAACUGACAAUGGAGUACCUCGACAGCCCUCUCGUCAAGGUCUACAUACACGACAGUAACAAAGACAUGUUCUACGAGCUUGAGGACAUGAGGUCUCACCUGAGGGACAUAAGAGACAGGAGUGUUCUCCGACUUUUCGAAAGCUCCGACGGAGUCGCCGGGAUGCCAGGUCCUCUCGGAGCACCGGGAGGAGGCGGAGGACUUCCACCCCAUUGGGAAGAUCAGAGUUACUUUAGUGAACCAGAGUUUGACAGCGAGUACCAACACCAGCACGUUCACAAAAGCAAGACUGCCAAAAAUUCUACAUCUGGUAGCGGAGGUUACUACAUGGGUGGCAGCAGCACCCUCCCACGUGGAGGGCCUGUUCUUAGGGCGUACAGUCCCGCGUCUUCUUCAGCAGUUUCUGGUCCCAAUGCAAACUCGACGCAGUCGAAAACUCUGGGAACUCCAGGUGGAGGCGGCGUACCACCUGCAAAGCCGCUUCGCAGCUACCAAUGUGGUAAGACUCCCCUCGGCAACUUGGGGGGCUCCGCACGAUUCUCUAGAGACAGCUCCGUCUCGCUCUAUAGUAUACCAGAUCGACUCCAUGGAGAAAGCGGAUACAUGAGUAGUCCAGAACGAAGCAGUGGUGUUGGUGCUGGAUCGGGAAGGUAUCCUGCAGGACCUUACAGCACAGGCAGCAGCUAUGAGGAUCCAUACUAUUCCCAAUAUUCUGGAACCGUAACGCCGGUUAUUGACGAGGAAGCUAGUGGGUGGUGCAGCGAUACGGAGCUUUUGGAGGAAUCUUACAGCCUUUAUGGUGUGAAGCCACCUGGUCGCCCACCAACUGGCCCCCCAAGAUCCCCAUUUCCCCCAGGGGCACCUGCUCUGACGCCCGGUGGACAGCCUUACGACGUUACCCGGAUAAGAGUGGAGCACAUGGAACGACAGCUUGCUAACUUGACAGGACUCGUACAGAAGGCUUUAACUCAUGCUCCGCAUGCCAGUCCCUCUCCGAGAGACUAUUUGCAAGUUCCUGCGCCUCGAGAUCCUUACAGAACCUCAGGCGCAGGAGACGAGUUCGACAAACAUUCUAGCUCCAGCUCUGCCUCAUUGCCAGAUGACUCAUACUUAAGGACUGAUGUUAAGCCACCAAAGUUAGGCAAAGACAAGUCGGUGUCAUUUGAAAAGUCGGUGUCCUUCAGUGACGAGCCACCAGACAUGAACUCUCCCAAACAACACUCCCCGCAACACGCAGCGGACACAAAGCCUACAAAACCAGCUAUAAAAUCUUCUACACUGCCGAGGAUGUCCUCACAAGAACGGGAGAGACACAAGCCGACACCACCACCAAAACCAGCAACACUCGCAGCUGGUCAAUAUGUAUACAAAGACCUGACCCUCACUCCUGAAAUGUAUAAUCAGCUCAGAGGCCUACAAAAAAAAGCAAAGGAUCUCCGUCAAGAAAUGCGAAAUCUACGACGCAUGUCCCAAGCACAAGCGCACACAGUUCGAGAAACUAUCAGAGACACAUUUAUCACGAUUAGGGCUCUGCUGUUGUCGGGUGGAGAUGCAGCAUGGGCUGCCGGAGAUACAGAAAAAGUUAGACUGAAUCGUGAGGAGGACCUCUACAAGCAGGAAAUGAUUAGGCUGGAAAAAGAUCUUACCGAGCUAGAGAGCACAGUAGAGGAGCUACGAGGCAACGUUAUAAACCGUAAGACACGAGUCAACAUGUCCGAUGUAGAAAACAUGGCGCUUAUUCUGAGCAAAUCCAGUAAAACAGUGGCAGACCUGAAAGUCCGCUUCCCAAGUCUCCAGGAAGGCAUGAAAGGCCUCUUAAGUUCCGAAAUGGAAAAAGUUGUACGUGAAGAAAAGUUUUUGAAAGAAGAACCGGAGCGACUGGAGUCUGCACUCAGGCGCCUUAAAAAACUCACUAGCACCCUCGUCACGCUCAAACGCUUGGCGUCGGUGCAGGAGCAGCGAUUACCUAAUGCACCAAGCGUGGAUGCUGAAGAGACUCCGCCUAUAACACCAACAUCGGGGCAACCUUCUAAGACUGCCCCUGCGCCAGCAGAACGGACUGCCGUGGGAUCAACGGGCUUCGUCGGGGGAGGGUCCAACACUCUCGACUCCUAUCAGCGUGCGGAGAACGCACUCGACGUUCUGCUAGGUGAACUUCAAACAUUUUCAAGGCCAGCGUCUCAGCUAAGUCAAACAUCUAGUAUCAGCUAUCCCCCAAAUCUAGCUGAGAUUGGCCGAUCGGCUAGUCAAGUAUCCCAAAUGAGCCACGCGCCUAGCAUGUCAGACAUUGGUAGAAAAGGUAGUAUAGAUUCGUCAACAAAUUUAGCCAUCGCUACUACCCCUGGACACACAAGUACCCUUAGAAGGCUCCACUCUUAUCCAUCAAGUUCCGACACUGAUACUUCUCCACCGAUAGCCAGGCUACAAGUUUCUGAUAUUUCGACACCACCUCAAAAGCCACCAGUGCCAGAAAGAAACGCAGAAUUGCUGCAAUUGGCAACUGCGAGACGAGUUCCUCCGCCACCUCCGCCAAGGACAAGCUCAAGAUCACCCCUAGCCAGUCCUACAAGUCCUCAGUUGCCACCGAGAAAUCCUACUGGAACAUUACGCAGAGGACGAAGCAAUCUGAAAGAUAGUGGUAAACCACCGAUGGCUCUACCUGCCACUGCCAAUCAAACGGCAGAAGAGCAACAAGUAGCACCAAAUAAUAAUAUUUUAUCUGCUAGCAACUCUAGCUCCUGUGAAAGUAUAAAUUCGCAAGAAGGUUUACAAAAUAAGAAAGGAAGGCAAGAACAAUUGGAACAACGACACCAAGAACUUCUACGCAAACAAAAGGCGCUGCAGGAACAAUAUGCCAGACUACAACAGCUUCAAAGAAAUGCUUCAGGUUUAACGACAGUACCCCCAGCACCACCUGAUCUUUUAAAGAAGACUGGCUCCGAAAGUAAUCUUUUAGCAAAAAUGGGACUUGGCUUGAGUACAGCAAAUUCUGGAUCAUUAACCAGUUUAACAAGCAGACCGGAAUUGAGCAUAGUCCCGGCACAAAAUGCCUCCACAAAUCAGACAACAACUAAUAAGAUUUACGAGACAGACAUUCUGUGACCGAGAAAUGUGAUACUUCCAUUUGAAUUUAAUCUUGGAUACAUCAUCUCGGGAGGAGCAGCUGCAAGUUAACAUCGCGAUGUGUGCAAUAAAUUUCACGUGAUAAUUGAGUUUUGGAAAUUUAUCUUUUACCGAGGUAUGCGGUACAAAGAAUUAAAAUAGUACACGUUUUUUAAAUUUUGCGUCAACCUUUGUAUGGUUAUCCUUAUCUAUUUAUUUAUUUAUAUAUGAAUUUAUAUAUAUAUAUAUUUAUAUAUACGAAUGUGUAUACACAUCUGUAUAUAUGUAUUAUUUCGAGAGGUAACCAUAUUAUGGAAACAAUGACUGAAUAAAUGCCGUGCCAAGGUUUUAAUUCAGAAUACUGUGGUCGCAAAUAUAAAUUUAAAUAUCAAAGUAGAGUAUAAUUGGUUUGUUACGUAUCUCUAUGCACCUACUAGGCAUAUGAAUUUUUAUCAAAAGUCGUAGCUAUGUUCUUUACAAAACCCACAUAAAACUUAUUUAUAGUAAUUCUAUCGAAGAAUGUCUGAAGAGUAUAAUAUGGCGGCAGCAUUAAUGAUCAGGUUACUGCCGAAACGGUCUUGCGAAUAUUAUUGUAGGUAAUUGAAAUUGAGCACGAGUAUUUUAAAUUUAUAAAACCAAAGCGCAUGAAUAAUCGCUGAUAUUGUGAAAAAUUAAUAAAACAAGAUAAUUGGAUAUUCAGAUUCAAGAUUCGGAAUUGAUUCAAUGAUAGUGACUUACAGCAAGGGAAUACCUAAGGUGGAAUAUUAAAAAAACUAAAACCAUGGCAUUAAAUUGAUUUCGGGGGGAAGAAAGGAGUAAAAAACAUUACAAAAAAAAAA